AUGGAGCAAAACACAGAAAAACGCCCUCUUUUAGGAGAUGACCACUCGACCGUGAAAAGGCAAGAUAUUUCCUGGUCAAAAGGUAUAGCUCAUCUCAAGCCAGAGUAUAUCGUGCCAUUAAAGCAAGAUGAACCUCAAAAAGUCACAAUUUAUGAUGAAGAGAUGUCUUCCGACAGAAUGGUGAACGAGCUAUCGGGUAAUGGCGGAACUAAUAAGAAGAACAAAAAUGGGAGAGGAAAGAAGCGUGGACAAAAUAAGAAUAGAGAUAAUAGGCAGGUAAAGGAACAAAAUGCCUUGUGCCCGCGUUUAAUCCGUGGAGACGUAUCCAAAUGCUCGUUCGGUGAUAGUUGUAGGUUUGUUCAUGAUAUCAAUUUAUAUCUUUCAACAAAGAAACCCGAAAUUGAAAGCGACUUAUUUCCUACUUGUCCGGUUUUCAACUCAUUGGGUUAUUGUCCGAUGGGAUUCAAAUGUAGAUUUCUGUCUUCCCAUUUGAACAAGGAAGAAACUUGCUUAAUAUCAACGAAGGAAGUUGAUCCAGAUGUACAAACGAUAUGGUCUGUUAAAGGGGAAGUAAACCAUAUCUCGCCGGAAAGAAAACUUGAUCUCAUAAAAAGAAGAUUUCCUUUCACCAAGAGUAAUGAAGUCUUGGAAAUUAUCGACUCUUUUCAACAAGAAUGUAGAGAUUCCAUGAAGGCAGAGGAACAAGUCGAACCACCGGCACAGCAAAAGGAUGAAGAUACAGAAAUCGAACAGCCAGUUGCUCCCCAAGUAGAACAGAGGAACAAAGAACUAUCAGAACAUAGAAUGAGACAGCGUGAACUGUACUUGAAGUACAAGGACACCCGUUAUUUUGCUCAAGAGAAAAAGCCAUUGGAUUUGCACCAUAAAAAAAUUGUAUCACCUCUGACAACUGUUGGAAAUUUACCUUAUCGUCGUCUAAUGAGAAAACUAGGUGCAGACGUAACGUAUUCUGAAAUGGCUUUGGCCGUUCCCUUGAUUCAAGGGACUAAUUCAGAAUGGGCUUUACCUAAGGCUCAUCGAUCAGAAGUGCCUGGAUUUGGUGUUCAAGUGGCCUGUUCCAAAGCCUGGCAGGCAGCGAAGGCAGCGGAGGCACUUGUGAAUUCGGUUAGCGAUAUUAGCGAAAUUAAUUUGAACUCUGGUUGUCCCAUUGACUUAUUGUAUAGACAAGGAUCUGGCAGUGCGCUACUUGAUAACCCUGCAAGAAUGAUUCGUUGUUUAAAUGCAAUGAAUUAUGUAUCAAACGAUGUUCCUAUUACUGUAAAGAUCAGAACAGGUACAAAAGAAGGCCACCCUAUCGCAGAAGGGCUAGUAAAAAGACUCGUUAACGAAACCGAAGUGGCGGCAAUUACCUUACACGGUAGAUCUAGGCAACAAAGAUAUACUAAAUCUGCGGAUUGGGACUACGUGAGUCAAGUGGCUGACACAUUAAGAUCUGCUGAAGCCGAAUUCAAAGAAACCGAGCAAGGUAAGGAAUCUAGGGAUUCCAAGAAUAGGAUUCAAUUUGUCGGCAAUGGUGAUAUUAACAAUUUUGAAGAUUGGUACCGUUACCUGAACGGGAAUGCAAAUAUCGAUAGUGUCAUGGUUGCCCGUGGAGCGCUGAUAAAGCCGUGGAUUUUUGAAGAGGUUGAAUCACAGCAGUAUUUAGACAAGACAAGUGCUGAAAGAUUAGAUAUCUUGAAAGAUUACGCACAGUUCUCCAUGGAACAUUGGGGUACCGACGAAUAUGGGAUUUCCCAGUGCCGCAGAUUUUUUUGCGAGUUCAUGUCUUUUUUUCAUAGAUAUGUACCCAUGGGCAUUUGUGAGAGAUAUCCGGUCAAACUGAAUGAGAGGCCACCAAAUUGGUGUGGAAGAGAUGAACUUGAAACUCUGAUGGGUAGCACAGAUGUCAAUGAUUGGAUCAAAUUAAGUGAUCUGUUCUUCGGUAAGACUGAUGCGAACUUUGUAUUUGUUCCCAAACAUAAAAGCAACUCUUAUGCCAACAGAGACUCGUAA